UUUGAUAUCAUCAUCUUUCAACUUUAAACUGGGUCGUUGAGCGAGUAAGAGACAAGGACAACAUAUCUUACAAUUCACCAUCAAUUCUAAAAAUCGUCGCCUAUUCUGCUCUCACCAUGAUCUCCACCGUCCCUCCACCGCGUCCCGUCUCCGUGAACUCGCCGAUAUUACCCUUGUCAUCCCCAGUACUUUAUCAUAAAUCGACGAGCAUACCUACGAAAGAAGCGUACCAGAAUGAUGAAGAAGUUGCCAAAUCAACAUAUUCUCUCACAGUCUCACUCGAUCGGCUACCUCGCAGGGAUAUCGAAAUGGAAGACGCGGAUGACUCGAUUACAUUUCCAAGCCACGCCAGUCAAUCAGCGAUACAAUUCAAUGACUUGCCAUUUGAAAUUCACGAAGCUAUCCUAGAUCAUUUGUUUGGCGAGCGAACGUCUGGAUCAGUUAGUAGUAUCCCCGGCCGGCCGGACACCCGUAGUUGGAUCAGGGCUCUUCGUCACCCUAGGCGGAAAACUCUGUCUAAUCUUGCCUUGAUCUCUCCUAUAUGGAGAGAUCUAGUACAGGAACGGAUAUACAGGCACAUCAAGGUUAAAGGGACGAAAGACGGCCUAGCCGAAUGCGAAAACUGGUUUCGAAGUCAUCCUCAUCUCGUACGCCAUGUCCGACAUACUGAAUACUGGAUACCGGUAUGGGGAAACCGGGCCCACAAAACAGUGGCGCCGCACUUGCGCGAGGUACCACCAAUCCGCCGAUAUUUGAAUGAAGAAGCGGGGCUGUUUGGACAUAAUAACGGCUUGGUACAGCAGCAGCUGGUAAUGCCAGACUGGGAUUUGUCAGAUAACAGGAAUCGUAGCCCGAACGACUUCGCAUUCCAUGUAGCCAGCCAUAACGCAAGUUUGGAGGAAAUAUUUCGACACGUCAAAGAUUUCUUUCCCGAGACGAGGAUUCUAACACUGGAGGCUGGACACUGCAAGAAGCCUCCUCUAAUCAAACAUUUUGCAAAUGAUCCGUCGGGGUUGACAGGGAACUAUCAUCUGGAACAGCUACCAAAUAUUCGAACACUCUUCAUGCGCGGGGCUUGGAACAUCAUGCGAGAUUACAAGCACUGGGCAACAAUUUCGGAAGCUCUCCCGUCGUUACGUGAGUGGCAUUGUGCGUACGCAAAACCUAAGCUAGAAGCAUAUCAGACUAUCUGUCGAGCCCUUUCGAGUUUAUCUUCGAGUUUGAUCCAUUUGGAUAUCAGCUUGGAAGGCUUCCAUAGCAAGGACCAUUCGCACUUGCUAGGUGGAAAGAUUGGACGCCAUCAUAUGUGCCGAAUUCUAGGCCGGCUUGCGCCACAACUGGAACAUCUGUCCUUAACUGGCUAUAUGUGUGCCGACCUUUUCGACACUGCGAGAGCAGCUACUGCUGACCGACCACAAGAUGCGCGACUUCGAUCAGUGGACCUCGUUGUCAAGACCUGCUGCAAGGAUGAGGACGAUGCGAACGGAUUGUUAUCCCCGCUGUUGGAUGAGCCUCCCGGCAUCACGAAUAUGAAGUUUAUCGACUCGUUUGAGACGCUGGUACUAAGUUCAAUUCGCUGUUUGGACACAUUCCUCGAUCUUUCCUACAUUCGCAUUCGCUUCAUUGAUCUUGACGCUCAGUGUGCAGUUCUUAAUCCUUAUUUCCAUCUAGCCGAUAACAAAUGCAUGGGAUUGUGGAGCCAUGAGAUUGUGGAGACUCUGGCUCAAGUCCGGUCCACAGCUCACUUUGUCGAACUUGCGGACGGCAUUUUCACUCAGUAUGGUCCAAACAACGUUAUUAUUGGAGCCGUGUAUCCCCGUAGUAGGCCGUUGAGUAUCAACAUCAAUACCUACAAGAUCCUGUCCGAUGCAGCCAAAUCGUGAAGACGGCAACAAUUGCUUCGAAUCUGUUCGAUUUCAUGAUUGAUUUUUGUCCUUUUCUGCGAAAAUCUGUUCUUCUAUCUUCUCGCAUCAAUACCCAUUUGUUUCUACGCUGGGAGCGUGUCACGGCGCCGGGGAAUUUGAAUCUGAUGUUGCAUAUGCUUUAUUUCGUUCUUUUUCGCUUCUUUCAAAUAUUGAAUCUGAGUGACGAAUUUCUUUUCGAUUUUUCUUUUAUCAUUAGCGUAGUGUAGAGAAAUGCGGGUUACCAUUUAUGAUCCAUAUUUCGGUCUUGUUUUCCGCAUGGGAAGCAGGGGAGGUUCAAAUGAAAAGUUUGUUA